AUGGCCGAAGACGCUCCUGUAACUGCGCCCCCGGAGACCGCAGAGAAGCUUGAGCCAACUCCCGCAGAGGAGUCUGUGGACAAGGCGCCUGAGAACCCCUCAAGCAUUGAGGAUAAGCCAACUGAAAACGCCAAUGUGACCGGCGAAAAGAAGGAGGCCGAAGCGGCCGAUCGGAAUGCCGUUUCCGAGGAAGCCACUGAUGCCAAGGACAACAAGGACAAUGGCGACGAUGCUGCCGACGCCGCAGAGCCCGAGAACGCCGCGGAGACGAAUGGAACCCCUGCGUCUACCAAGAAGUCCGCAAAGGACCGCCGACGAUCUAGCGGCGUUGGCGAGAAGAAGCUGAACCGCAAGAAGUCCAUGCCUCGCAUUACCCAGAUGAACGCAAAGCCCGGCGAGUACUACCUGGCGCGUCUGCGCAGCUACGCGCCGUGGCCCGCCAUCAUCUGUGACGAAGAGAUGCUUCCUUCGGAUCUUCUGGAGACUCGCCCGGUCACUGCGAUGCAGGAAGAUGGGACUUAUCGAGAGGACUACGCGGAUGGGGGCAAGCGAGCUCAUGAGCGUACCUUCCCAGUAAUGUUCUUUGGCACGAACCAAUUCGCGUGGAUUGUCAACUCCAACCUAACACCCCUGACACCCGCCGAGGCGAAGGACGUCUCCGAGAAAAACAAGUCUAAAAGCCUGCUCGGCGCAUACCAGAUUGCCGCGGAAGGCAAUGACCUAGCAUAUUUCAAGAACCUUCUCGCAGAACACGAAAAUGCCAUUCAGAAGGAGCUUGAGGAGGAGGAGAAGAAAGAGGCUGAAAAGGCCAAGGCCAAGGCGGAAAAGGCCGAGAAGGCCGAAAAGAACAAGAAGACUAAGCGCAAGAGCAAGGGCGCCGAGACCGAUGUGGAGAUGGAAGAUGCUGAGGACACGAAGAAGCCCAAGUCUUCCGCGAAGAAGCGCAAGAAUGAUGCCGAUGGCGAGACUGAGAAGCCCGCCAAGACUCCCAAGACUGCUACGAAGAUCAAAUUGAGCACUCCCAAGGCUCCGGCCGAGGAAAAGACCAAGACUCCCGCCAGCAAGACGAAGAAGGCCGCCCCCAAGAAGGGCAAGGCCGCUGCCGCUGCAAGUGAGGAGGAAGCCUCUACCGCCAAGGAGUCUGAGAAGACCAUGGAUCCGGAGGAACAGAAGAAGAAGAAGGAGAAAGAGGUGCUCUUCCUGCGUCACAAGCUCCAAAAGGGUUUCAUUUCUCGCGAUCAGCCUCCCAAAGAGGACGAGAUGGCUACGAUGGCCAGCUACUUCGACAAGCUCGAAAAGCACGCUGAUCUGGAGGUCUCGAUUAUCCGCUCUACCAAGAUCAACAAGGUUCUGAAGAUGAUUGUGAAGCUCAACACGAUUCCGCGGGACGAGGACUUUGGCUUCCGUCCCCGUGCCAUGAAGAUUCUCUCCAACUGGAAGGCUGUCUUGGACUCAGAUGCCCCCGGCGAUGGUGCUAAGAGCACAGCCAACGGGGCCAAGGACGAAGAUGCAGCCGAUACGCCCAAGUUGGAGACUGAGGAAGAGAAGGAGCCCGAGACUAAGACUACUAAUGAUGAUACCCCCAUGCCGGACGCAGAGGCCGAAUCCAAGGAGGAGACCGACAAGGUCGAAAACAAGGAACAGGAGACCGUUGAUGAGCCUGCUACUGCGACUGACGAGAAACCUGCCGAAGAGAAGGAAAAGGGGACAACCGAGGCUAGUGCCUGA